CGACCAGUUAUUAUCCUCUUUAAAAUUUAGGUUAGGGUUUUCUUGAAUUUGCCGCAGCUGCUUUCUCGGUUCUCUACUCUCUCAGCCUCAUCGCAGACUCGCAGUCAAGUAUUUCUCACAGUAGCCAUGGGGAAGACACGUGGUAUGGGAGCUGGUCGCAAGCUGAAGUCCCACCGAAGAAGGCAAAGGUGGGCUGACAAAUCAUAUAAAAAGUCCCACCUUGGGAAUGAGUGGAAGAAGCCAUUCGCAGGAUCUUCUCACGCUAAAGGCAUUGUUCUUGAGAAGAUAGGUAUUGAGGCUAAGCAACCUAACUCUGCCAUCCGUAAGUGUGCUAGAGUUCAACUAAUCAAAAAUGGAAAGAAGAUUGCUGCCUUUGUGCCAAAUGAUGGUUGCUUGAACUUCAUCGAAGAGAAUGAUGAGGUGUUGAUUGCUGGAUUCGGGCGUAAGGGUCAUGCUGUCGGUGAUAUUCCCGGUGGACCUCCUGGCGGGCCCCACAUGAUCGGACGGUAG